CCGACGGCUCACGUCGCCUUACGAUCCCCACCCACACAACUGUAAACCAAAAUUUCCGGAUAAAUAUUUAGGCGAGCACUCGAGAUAACAAGAGAAGAGGCAAAGCAAAGAGGCAACGCAAAGAAGCAAACACCAUAAGCUCACUCUAUGGAGCGGCUGAGCCACGCCUCAAGAGCUCUUCCUCUCCUCUCCGCCGCCCCCUUUCGCCAUCGAUGCAUUCCGAUUAGGGCUUCUUUCACUCUCCGCCCCCUUCAUGGUUGUCGCUGUAACAAGCAUAUAAGAAAUAAUGCUGAGAAAGUUAAAUUCAGGAUAAGAAACUCAUCAUCAGCUUCGGCGGAGCCCACGACGAAGGAAACAGCAGAAGAAACGGCCGAGGACAGUUCUGUGAGUGGGGACGCAAUACGCCGCCGGUUCCUUAAUUUUUACGCUUCUCGCGGCCACAAGAUUCUCCCAAGUUCAUCACUUGUGCCUGAUGACCCAACAGUUUUGCUUACUAUUGCUGGGAUGCUUCAAUUUAAGCCUAUAUUUCUGGGGAAGGAACCUAGACGUGUCCCAUGUGCUACAACCGCUCAACGAUGCAUACGCACAAAUGACAUUGAAAACGUGGGACGAACAACUCGACACCACACCUUCUUCGAGAUGCUUGGGAACUUCAGCUUUGGAGAUUACUUCAAAAAGGAAGCAAUUGUAUGGGCAUGGGAACUUUCAACUAAGGAAUAUGGGUUACCUCCUGAGAGGCUGUGGAUUAGUGUUUUUGAAGAUGAUGAUGAAGCCUUCCUUCUAUGGCACAAUGAGGUUGGUGUUCCAAAAGAGCGAAUAAAGAGGAUGGGUGAAGAUGACAACUUCUGGACCAGUGGGAUCACCGGACCCUGUGGUCCUUGCUCUGAGAUUUAUUUUGAUUUCCAUUCUGAGAGGGGAUACACAGAUGUUGAUUUGGGGGAUGAUAGCCGAUUCAUCGAAUUCUACAAUCUGGUCUUUAUGCAAUACAACAAAAAGGAUGAUGGCUCUCUAGAACCCCUGAAACAGAAGAAUAUAGAUACAGGCAUGGGCCUCGAGCGUGUAGCACGGAUCCUUCAGAAGGUUCCAAACAACUAUGAGACUGACUUGAUCUUCCCAAUCAUAGAGAAGGCAACAGAUUUGGCAAGGAUUUCUUACCCUGAAGCAGAUAGUGUUACAAAGAACAAUCUUAAAAUAAUUGGUGAUCAUAUGCGAGCAGUUGUUUAUCUGAUAUCAGAUGGGGUUAUACCGUCAAAUAUCGGCAGAGGAUAUGUAGUCCGAAGGCUUAUAAGAAGAGUUGUUCGUACUGGUAGGUUGCUAGGUAUAAAAGGCGAUGACCAUGGGAAUCCUGAUGGAGCUUUCUUACCUGUACUGGCUGAGAAAGUCAUAGAGCUCAGCACUAAUAUCGACCCAGAUGUCAAAUCAAGGAAGACUGCUAUUCUUGAAGAGCUAAAGAGAGAAGAACUUCGGUUUGUACAGACUUUAGAAAGAGGAGAAAAGCUGUUGAACCAGUUUCUCUCUGAUGCCUUACUUAAAAGUGGUGGAAAUAAUGGAAAUAAGCCUUGCCUCUCUGGGAAAGAUGUCUUCCUUCUGUAUGAUACGUACGGUUUUCCAGUUGAGAUAACAGCAGAAGUUGCUGAAGAACAAGGAGUUACUAUUGAUAUGGAGGGAUUUGAUAUCGAAAUGGAAAACCAAAGAAGGCAAUCCCAGGCUGCUCACAGCGUGGUCAAACUAUCUAUAGGGAAUGACGUGGAAAUUGCCAGGAGUAUACCGGACACUGAAUUUCUGGGCUAUGACUCUCUUUCUGCUAGUGCUACUGUAAAGGGCAUUUUGGUUAAUGGCAACCCAGUUACACAUGUUUCUGAAGGUACUGAUGUAGAAAUUUUGUUGGAUAGGACACCAUUUUAUGCCGAAUCAGGUGGUCAAGUAGGAGAUAAUGGUUUUCUAUACAUUUUGGGAGACGAAGAUGGAAGACGGAAAACUGUAGUGGAAAUCAAAGAUGUUCAAAAGUCUCUGGGGAAUAUCUUUGUGCAUAAAGGUGCAAUUAAAGAGGGAUCACUAGAGGUUGGCUUAGACAUAGAUGCUGCAGUUGAUGCAAAAUUGAGGCAGAGAGCCAAAGUUCACCAUACUGCUACACAUCUGCUACAAUCUGCUCUCAAAACAGUCAUUGGUCCAGAGACAUCUCAAGCUGGUUCCUUAGUAGCCUUCGAUCGUCUUCGAUUUGAUUUUAAUUUCCAUCGCCCUCUCUCUGAACAUGAAAUAACAGAAAUUGAACAGCUGGUAAAUCAAUGGAUAAGUGAUGCGACACAGCUUGAGACUAAAGUGAUGGCUUUGACGGACGCCAAAAAUGCAGGAGCCAUUGCAAUGUUUGGUGAAAAAUAUGGUGAACAGGUCAGAGUUGUAGAGGUCCCUGGUGUAUCAAUGGAACUAUGUGGUGGGACACAUGUUCAGAAUACUUCUGAGAUCCGUGGAUUCAAGAUAAUUUCAGAACAAGGUAUAGCAUCUGGAGUCAGGCGGAUUGAAGCUGUUGCAGGUGAGGCUUUCGUUGAAUAUGUUUCAGCUCGAGACAAGCAUAUGAGACGUUUAUGUUCUUUAUUGAAGGUAUGUAACCUUUACGGUUCUUGUUUUUGUGAUUGUUCUGCUAUUGAUGUUUUUUUUUGUUUGUGCUCUUUAUUUAAGGUAAAAGCAGAAGAUGUGAACAACAGAGUGGAAACUAUUCUUGAGGAACUAAGAAUGACGAGAAAUGAAGUUUCAUCGUUACGAAGUAAAAUUGCAGUACUUAAAGCAUCAAUUAUUGCAAGCAAAUCCACUGCUAUUGGAUCCAACAAUGUCAGGGUGGUUGUUGAGAAUAUGGACGAUACGGAUGCCGAUGCCCUAAAAAGUGCUGCUGAGUAUCUUGUGGACUCUUUGGGAGAUCCAGCAGCAGUUGUUCUGGGUUCGAUCCCAGAAGAUGGCAAAGUAAGCUUGGUCGCCGCAUUUUCUCCGCAAGUCAUCAAAAUGGGUAUCCAAGCCGGGAAGUUCAUAGGAGGGAUAGCUAAACUGUGUGGUGGAGGCGGCGGCGGCAAACCUAAUUUUGCACAAGCUGGUGGGCGGAAACCGGAGAACUUGUCGGAUGCCCUAGAAAAGGCUCGAGCUGAGCUCGCCACAGCUUUAUCUUCAAAUUCUUAGCUGAAAUUUGUCUCAACCUGGUGUCAUAUACAACUUAGAUUGAUGCACUAAAGAUCAAGAGUAGUGCUAGUCUCCAAAAGAGUCCCAUCUUCGGAAGAAAAGGAAGCUACACGAAACAAUUCUUAGAACAUGAUAUUAAGUAAUGCUCACAGGUAAUUCUUUCUUCGUACAGUUUACAAGGUAAGAGGUGAGACCAUACAACAAGCAAACUACUGUGGAUGAUCAGGCUAAAAAUUUGUUGGAAUUCUUAAUGCAAACCUAUGUAUGAAUCCUGAAAGGGAAACAAAAGCUUGAGAUUUACAUAGUGUUUGUACAUGCACUGCAAAUUUCCUCAGGGUAGUAUGAGUAACAAACAUUACUUUCCAUGUUACCAGCAUGUAGCUCCUGCUGCUUCAAGCUGCAAGUUCUAAUGUUUCUGCU